ACAGUCAGUUGGAUGCGUUCGCAGUGUGAGUAAUCGUCCACAUACGACAUUCUGUGGAAAAAGGAACCGUUUUAAUGUGGAAAAACCCACAGGUUGCAUAAAGUCCGUGUGUCUCUCAGAGGAGUCACCGGGUUUAAUUCAUUUUAUCGCGGACUGAGGGUUGGAGGACUUCUUCGGCCAGAGGAGGGGGUCUGAAGGCCGAAGGCAUGGUGCCGCUACAGGGUGCUGCGUUCAUGGCCCUCCUGAUCUUGAUCGGCGCGGGUUCCACAGUCCACGGUACAGUUAUUCCAGAUCCACAAAAUGUGAUGAUAAAAUGUGAAAAUCAGAUCCCCAUUGUGCAGUGGGAUUACAGCCAGCAGCAACCGCAAACCAUGUUCAGAGUUGACAUCAGAGAAAGCACUGGGAACCGUGAGUAUGAAACCAUAGACCAUCAGGUUGAUCUGAGCUCGUUCGUCUGGGAGUCUGAGCAUCGAUACAUGGCCUAUCAUUACGUUGAAGUCACAGCUUUAAUGGGAGGAAACAAGUCUAAACCAGUGGCAGCUAAAUCGUUCAGCUAUAACAAGCUGAAGACAGCUGAAGUAACAUGUGAACUAAACUUCCCUCCUGUGAAUCUGACUGUGGACGAGUCAGAAGCCACUGUGAGUUUCCUGAAUCCGUUCAGAGUCUACCCUGAGCUGAAACAGGCCAACAAGCCCAAAUCGGCCUACUUUCUGUUCGAGUUGUCUGUCAGCGGUAAGACAGAAGAGGCAAGCUGUGGAGUGGAUCAGAGGAUCUGCAAAUAUGACUUCUUCUUUCCUGAUAAUGUGGAGACGUGCAUAAAGCUGAAAGGAUGGUUAAUAGAGUCAAAUAAAAUUGGACGCGUGGCAUUUAGGGAAACAGAUGACGUAUGUCCUAGCUCAUCAAUGAAGGUCCACUGGGGGGUCGUCAUCUUCAUGCUGACUAUCUUAGUCGUCCUUGUUCUCAUAAUAAGCUUCAUUGUCUGCAAAGUGAGGGCCUGGACGUUGAAAACACCACCUCUACCUAAGUCACUGCUUCCUCCAGAGCCAGACCUCAGAAACCUGGAAAGACAUCCAAUGUUAGACCCCGGUGCAGUUAAGAGUCAUGUUCAGGUGGUGGACAUAACAGCUUCAGUCGACUGCAUGGAGGAAGAGGAGGUCAGUCCCACCGUGGCUGUUUGGGACAGCAGCUCCGGCAGCUCCGGCAGCUCCGGCAGCUCCGGCAGCUCCGGCAGCUCCGGCAGCUCCGGCCCCGGGCCCCAGAAUCCACCCAGUGAUUCCUUCUACACAGACAGACGGCUCUCAGACAGCAGCAGCAGCAGCAGCCAGGAGGCGAUGGGGCUGAUGUCAGAGGGACAGAGGACAGACGACGACUCAGCAAACACCUCAGUAGAAACAGAGACUGUUUCCAUGAACUCCACAGAGGAAGAGGAGGAGGGGGCGGCGAUGUCACCAUAUGACCGCCCACAUAAUCUACAGAUAGACAUGGGUGAUGGAGACACAGUCUUGGGUUACAACGGGAGUUGAAGUCACAACAACUGUGUUGCUUUAAGACUGAUUUUUAAUUUUUUUAGCCUUUUUAAUGUGUGUAUAAUUACCCCUAGUCAGGGUCUAACUGCAUGACGCUGGUAAGUGGUGUAAAGAAGUACCAACAGGAAUAAUUGAGGGACAUUAUAAGACACUGUGGUUUGGGAGGGUUAACAUGAAUUUUGUACUUGCUUUAAAGGUGUGUCAAACAUAUGGCCCAUGGGCCAAGGGUCCCAUCUGUUCCCUGGGGUGAACUUGUGAAAUGUAAAAAUUACACUAAAAGUCAAGGGUGUUGAACUCCUCUUAGUUUAGGUUCCAAAUUCAGACCAAUAUGAUCUGAAGUGAGUCAGACCAUAAAAUAAUUUUAUAAUAACCUAUAAGUAAUGACAACUCUAAAUUUCCUCUUUUGUUUUAGUGUAAAAAAGUAAAAUUACCUGAAAAUGUUCACAUUUAUGAAUAACAUGAAUUUUCUGAAGAGAGGUAAGUGUGAUUUUAACAAUAUCCUGCCUGUUACUAAAUCUAACAGUUUUGUACUUCUGUAGAUCCACUGUGAUGUCUAAGUUGUAAUUUACAUGUGUAAAUGAUUAAGUGAGGCAUGACAUUG